AUGUUUAAACAACAGGUAAAAAUAUUAAAUCAUCAGUCUUCGUCUUAUGAAGCGUCUAAAGCGUUAUAUAAUUAUUCAGGAUCAUUUAAUUGUGAAUCUACGAUUGAUGCUUUACAGUUUGAAAAAGAGGAUGAUAAACAGUGUCAGAAUAACAAAGUAGAACAUGGGAGUAAUGAAGGUUUUAUUGAUACAUUCCUUGUGAUUAACUUGACAAAUGACAUUCAAAGAAUAUUUGACCUAUUGAAACGAUCAACCACCUUAGCCUACAGAGCUGAAUAUUGGCCUAAACUGUAUGAAACCGCAAGAUAUUGUUGGAAUGUAACAGCAUCAAUAAGUAACUUACUGUGCACACUAUCAGCUUGGUGUAACAAAUCAAAUAUACGUAGGCAGACUGAAGUGAAAUUAGAAGGAAAGUUAAAAGCUUUGUGCAAAACAGUACGCAAAACAGGAAAUACAGAAAAUGUGAAAUGUUCAACUCAUACACAGCUGUCUGGUACAUCGGUUCAAGAAAUUAUGGAUUAUUUGAAACAGUAUACUAAUCGUAGAGCAUUAGCAAACGUUGCAUGGUCUUGUUGGUUUAUGCUGGUAGAUAAUAUGAUAGACCAUAUACAAGCCUUGUUAAAUAAUAAUGAUAAUAUUAGCCAUCAUGAAAACAUUUCAAGGAAGACCGUAAAAAGCGCUGAUGGUUUUCAUGAAAACUGUUUCAAAUUUUGGCAACCUGAAGAGACAAACAAAGAAUAUGAUAUUGACUGGAAUUGGUUGCAUAAAUUCAUUUUGAAAGGUCUAGAAAUUUUAUGCCGUGCUUCUAAAUGGGAGCAUCUUAUACAUUUAGGCUUAAAAGUUGUCGGCAUUUUAGGAAAACGUUGGACACCAAGUGUUUUACCUUUGGUUAUCUUUGGACAAAUACAAAUAUUAAAGCGCUUGAAGAAAGAAGAGAAUCUGCCUGUUGAAAGUGAUGCUUUAUCAAGGAAUAUUAAGCCAUGGCAUUUGGAUUUCACCAAUCCACUUAUUCGUUCACAAAUGCAGUUAUAUUCAGCUUGGUAUCAUUUUAAUAUUUUACCGCUAGAGCAGAAUCCAUCGUCCCGGGUAACAAGUCCUGGAACCUUUAACAAUGAUAAAGAAUUGCUACAAAGUGCAUUCGUUAUGUCACUUACGCCUAAGGAAUACACAGAAUUGAUGAUCAGUUUAAAACCUUCGAAAGUGUUACAAAUCACUGGAAAAAUGAUACUAAAACUGAUACAGUUAAAAUGA